GCGGACCCGGGAGCUAAGAUGCAGGGUGGUGACUCAGUGUCCACGAUGAGAGUCUCCGAAAGCGAAGGGAGGCUGGAGUCACUGACCACUGCCGGGACCCCGAGCGGCAAGAACAGCAGCGCGGGCGCGAUCAGCGGCGGCCCCAGCGGCAACCGAGGAGGCAGCGCCAAGAGCUGGCAGUACAGUGAUCACAUGGAGAAUGUAUGUGGCUACUUAAUGAAGUACACCAACCUUGUCACUGGGUGGCAGUUCAGGUUUUUUGUGUUGAACAAUGAAGCCGGGUUGCUGGAGUACUUUGUGAAUGAGCAGUCCAGGAACCAGAAGCCCCGAGGGACCCUGCAGCUAGCGGGCGCAGUCAUCUCUCCCAGCGACGAGGACUCACACACCUUCACGGUGAACGCGGCCAGCGGCGAACAGUAUAAACUACGAGCCACAGACGCCAAGGAGAGGCAGCACUGGGUCAGCCGGCUGCAGAUCUGCACGCAGCACCACACAGAGGCCAUUGGGAAGAAUAACCCUCCUUUGAAGUCUCGGAGCUUCUCGCUUGCUUCCAGCGGGAAUUCUCCCAUCACCCAGCGGAGGCCGAGUCAGAACGCCGUCUCCUUCUUCAGCGUCGGGCACCCCAAGCUGCAGCCCUCGAGCAGGAGAGUGCCCCUAGCGCCCGACCACCUCGUGGAGGUCAGAGAGAUGAUGUCUCACGCGGAAGGGCAGCAGAGAGACUUGAUCAGACGAAUUGAAUGCCUUCCCGCCUCUGGCCUCCUCAGCUCCCUGGACCAAGACCUCCUGAUGCUCAAAGCGACAUCCAUGGCCACGAUGAACUGCCUGAAUGACUGCUUCCACAUCCUGCAGUUGCAGCACGCGUCCCACCAGAAGGGCUCGCUGCCUGCAGGAACGACAAUCGAGUGGCUGGAACCAAAGAUCCCUCUUUCCAACCAUUACAGAAAUGGAGCUGAGCCACUCUUUUCCAUGGAGCCGGAGAAAGCAGUGGCCGUUCCCCAGGAGCAGGUGGCUGCGGAGCCUGGACCCACAACCAGGGAGCCUGAGGACAUAAACACAGACGACGAAGUAGAGGACACCUGUGACAACAAGGAGGACGACCUGGGGGCUGUGGAGGAGCAGCGCAGCAUCAUCCUGCACCUCCUGUCCCAGCUCAAGCUGGGCAUGGACCUGACGCGGGUGGUGCUCCCCACCUUCAUCCUGGAGAAGCGCUCCCUGCUGGAGAUGUACGCAGACUUCAUGUCACACCCGGACCUGUUCGUCGCCAUCACGAGUGGCGCCUCAGCGGAGGACAGGAUGAUCCGCUUCGUGGAGUACUACCUCACCUCCUUCCACGAAGGCCGGAAGGGCGCCAUCGCCAAGAAGCCCUACAACCCCAUCCUCGGGGAGACCUUCCACUGCUCCUGGCGGGUGCCCAGGCACGGCUCCGAGGCCCAGCCCGCCCCUGCGCCUGAGGAGCCCACCACCUCACCCUGCUACACUGUGCGCUUCGUGGCUGAGCAGGUGUCGCACCACCCACCAGUGUCCGGCUUCUACGCCGAGUGCGCAGAGCGGAGGAUGUGCGUGAACGCGCACGUGUGGACCAAGAGCAAGUUCCUGGGAAUGUCCAUUGGCGUAACCAUGGUGGGCGAGGGGGUCCUCAGUCUGCUGGAGCACGGGGAAGAGUACACCUUCUCCCUACCCUGCGCAUACGCCCGCUCCAUCCUGACCGUGCCUUGGGUGGAACUGGGCGGCAAAGUCGGUGUCACCUGUGCCAAGACGGGCUACUCAGCCAGCAUCACCUUCCACACCAAGCCGUUUUACGGUGGCAAACUCCACCGGGUCACCGCAGAGGUGAAGCACAACGCCAGCAGCACUGUGGUAUGCAGGGUGCAGGGUGAGUGGAACAGCGUCCUGGAGUUCACCUACAGCAGCGGGGAGACCAAGUGCGUGGACCUGAGCAAGCUGGCGGUGACGAGGAAGCGAGUGAGGCCAUUGGACAAGCAGGACCCGUUCGAGUCCAGGCGGCUGUGGCGGAGCGUGACGGAGGCACUGAGCUGCGCGGAGAUGGAGCGCGCCACAGAGCACAAGCGAGCGCUGGAGGAGCGGCAGCGGGCAGAGGAGCGGCUGCGUGCGGAGUCAGGCGCACCCUGGAGCACGCGCUACUUCUGCAAGGAGGGAGACGGCUGGGUCUACCACAAGCCCCUUUGGAAAGUGCUUCCAGCAGCUCAACCAGCAGAGUGACACGUGUUCUCCCCACACCAACCCUAUGGCUCUCGGUUCCCACCCUGACUGAACAGAGUCACCGUGCACCGCUCUGAGUGAGCCACCCUGCUGCUGACCUCGAAUGUACCUCCUUGGGCCCCGCCUUUGGCAAGACCAGAGUCACUGUCCUGUGACCAGCAAUAUCUCAGCCCACUGGGGCCCGGCCUGCUCCUGCCGCACAGGGGCGGCCAUGCAACAGAGGCAGCGGGGCUCUAUGACCUUAACCCUUGCGGGUGAACCGUGAGGCCCUUUCAGCCCUGGUCUGCUUUCUGUCCAUCACUGAAGCGUUGACUGCAUCAGAACCAGCCCUGGCGCGGGCCAAGUGGCCGGGCUAGGCCCGCGUCAGCAUCUAGCGGCAGAAGCCUGGGGGCCAGUGACAGGCGGCCCCUCCAUACCCAGCCAGUCACCUCCGCAGGGCUCUCAGCGGUGGCUCUCGACGGUGACCCAGAUCCAAACCCGGAGGGUUUUUCUCCCAAGUGUUUUCCUAUACUUGAAAACAGCACUGACUUGAAAACUUCCGGAACGUUUUCAGUACCUAGUUUUAUUAAAUGUUACACUUGAGCGACAGUUUUUUUAAACGUGUUCCCAUUGAUCUGAUGAGAUGGGGCCUUUCUCACAGACAGAUGGAAGUGUUGGAGGACGCAGCUGUUACUUAUGUCCCCGCCUGGCCCCCUCACCAGCCGCUAUCAGUAUUGCGUGAGCUGGGCUGCUGUCCCCACCUCUGACCCCACGGAGUAGAAAGAGCAGCCACUGACCCAGUGUCCCUGCUCAGCCACCCCUGGGACUGGGACAUGAAGGGAGGCGCAGUCCCUCUUGUCAAGGACCUGAAACAGUGAAGAGUAUGACAGAAAGCUUUCAGGAAGGCCAUCGGGGUACAAACCCUUUUCUAAUCAGUAUUUCAUCCGGGGGAGGAACCCCAACCUUGGACCUGGCACCUGGACCCCUUUCUCAGUGUCCGUGGACAGCGCUCACCCUGCGUCCCUGCAAGUGACCUGAGCUCCAGGAGUGGUGCCUUACGCGUCCCCCUCCCCGAUGCGGUCUUCCACCCGAGGUGACGGGGUCCCUGCCUCCGGGCCUGGCCUGGGGAGAGCUGCGCCCGAGUCCUUGCAGACUGUGAGCGCUGGGCUCCCAUAGACUGGUCUGGAAACAAUAGUUUUUUUCAACCAAUUGUAAGUUAUACAAAAAGAAUUGGUUUGUGUACAACCGUUUUAAUGAUUCCUUUUGCAUUUUUGCUGUGAAAUGCACUGAAAAUAUCUCCAGAUGAGCUAUAGUUCAUGUGUUGGGAAAAUUCAGAAAUAAUAAAACUAGAGAACAA